AUGAUCUGCCAAAACACAAAGAUAUGCUGGUGGGACGGGGGGAACAUCCUUGCCUCCUUUCUCGAAGUGACGUGGCGCAGGCUGGGCGUGAGGAACCUCAUCCUGGCGGUGCUGGACGACGAGACCGAGACGUACAUGGCGAAGCACUGGCCGGAUGUGCCCACUUUCCGGUCUGACCUGAAAAUACCCGACGCGCAGCAAGGAACGCACCCGGCGAACAAGGUGAGCACCCUUAAGUACGACCUGCUGCGGCAGCUCAUAGCGACGGGCACCGGAGUGCUCAUCACGGACCUGGACCUGGUGUACGUGUCCAACCCGUUCGAAAACCUGCACAGGGAUGCGGACAUCGAGGGGCAGACGGACGGGUUCAGCCGGGAGUGGGCGCACGGGAAAUUCGGCGGCAUCGACGACAAGACGAUGGGAUGGGGCGGCGGCGGCCUCUACGCUCAGGUGUUCACGAUCAAUGUCGGAUGCAUGUACGUCCGUCCCACCGCGAGGAGCGCGAUGCUCAUGGCGCGCGUGGCCCACCGCAUGGCCACCGAACAGGCAUGGGACCAGCAGGUUUUCAACGAGGAGUGCAUGUUCCCGGCACAUGGCGAGCAGACUUCGGGUUUGGUCUCCAUCAGGAUACUCGACUAUCUGAAGUUUGCAAACUCGAAGACGUUCUUUCGGAGCGAGCGCAAUCGGUUCAUCCCGGGCGAUAAGUCGGCGAAGAGUGACACGCCGAUCAUGAUUCACAUGAACUAUCACCCGGACAAGCACAAACGAAUGCUCUGCCUCAUCGCGAGGUACCAUGACGGGAAGCUAAACGCUUGUGAUGAUUUCCCUGGAGGGUCCGAGCCAGGCACAUAG